AUGAAGUCUGUAGCAAUUGUAAUUUUUGCGUUAUGCGCCGCGCUGCGGUGCUUUGCCAUCAACACCGCCAGCUCUCGACAGGAGCCACGGGAGUCUUUCAGCAUGGAUGACGUGUUGAACAACAUCGAUCACGCCGGAAAGGACAUGGAAUCCGAGGAUGCUCGGCUGCAACAGUUCUCCAUGUUGCUAGAAAGUGCAGGUAUCCCGGUAAAAAACCCGGAGGCUAUGGAAGCGCAUGGUAGACGCCAUACACACCCACAUCAAUCAGUCUCAGACAAAGAUGUGUACGACCGUAUCGAGGCGCUUGUUGGUAAAUCGAACGCCAGGAUCAUCACGUACAUCGCUUCUAUCGCGGAGCAUAUGCACGUCAAGCCCAGCGACCAUACUAAUGCGUCGAGGGAGAGAACAUCAGGGUUUCUGCUGGAGCAGAUCCUCGCGGCGCUCGAGGCGCAGGGAAGCGAUUUCAACUACCUGAAGAUAGAAGAUCUGCUCGGCACGCCUCGUUACGUUGCCGGAGCCCAGUUGAACCAGGCGGCAUCGUUACCUACCGGCGCCAGGCAUCUCACCACAGUCAACUAUGUGCACGAGAAGCCAGGCAGACGGCCGCAUUUCGGCGUUGUGAUUGUGCCUCAGCAGACGGUGUACGUCGUUGAGAGAUUUGGCAAAUUCAGCCGCACCAUCGGAGCGGGAGUGCACAUCCUGCUGCCGCUGAUCGACCGCAUAUCGUAUGUGCAUUCGCUAAAGGAGGACGCCAUAGUGCUGCCCAACCAGACGGCGAUAACCAAGGACAAUGUGAUCCUCCAAAUAGACGGCGUCUUAUACGUGAAGUGCGUGGACCCGUACCACGCCUCUUACGGCAUCGAAGACCCGAUCUUCGCCAUGACGCAGAUGGCGCAAACCACCAUGCGUUCGGAACUGGGCAAGCUGUCGCUGUUCACCACGUUCCUGGAGCGCGACAACCUCAACAAGAAGAUCGUUGAGGCCAUCAACACCGCAGCAAGCAACUGGGGGAUGGUAUGCAUGCGUUGCGAGAUCCGCGACAUAACGCUGCCGAAGAAUAUCGUCGCCGCCAUGGAGCGCCAGGUGGAAGCUGAGCGUUACAAACGGUCCACGAUAUUGCGGAGCGAGGGUGACAAGGAGAGCGAGAUCAACAUGGCCAUGUCCCAGCGUCAGAUGUCGAUCCUGAAGGCGGAGGGAGAAGCCAUAGCUGAGAGAGAACGCGCCGACGCCACAGCCUACGCUCUGCAGAAGAUUACCACUACACUUAGGGAAUCGGGCACUGUGGAUGCCGUUGGGUUGCGGCUGGCGGAGCGCUACAUCUCUGCAUUCAACAACCUAGCGAAGCAGUCGACCACCGUCGUUUUGCCCGCAAACGUCGGCAAUGUCAACGAGAUGAUAACUCAGGCGGUGACCCUUUUCAAGGCAUUGGGCAAGGACGCGGAGACGCGUGAGCAGCCGGUACAGCUGAUGCCGACGCCAUCACUUGAGCGUGCUCCAGCCGAAGACAACAGUCCACCCUCAUCAUAA